AUGCUGCUUUCCACUCUCCUAGCGCUUGCGCCGCUAGCGCUCGCAAAGUUCGAGGGCGGAGUGCCCCAGUCCUUCAUCAACACGGCCAUCGCCCGCACCAUCGAGCUCGGCGGCAGCACGCACGUCGUCACCACGCAGUACAAUGUCAAGGCGCUCGUCGACAACCCGGAGACAUACGUGCUGGCGCUUGGAAAGGAGGGCGAUGAGCCGCCCGCGUGGUACGAGGUUCUCGUCGCUGGACAGCCCGUGCAGGACGUCGUGACGGACAACGUCGAGGGAGCACCCGCCGCCCUCGUGCCGAUUGGGAAGAUGAAGAAGGAUGGAACAGUGACCAUCUCGCUGAACGAGAUCGUCGCUAAGUCGUCGCGGCCCGUUCCGGCCGAGAUCGAGCAGCGCGCUCCCCAGUACAUCAUGUGGGAGACCAACUCCACCCUCGUCGACAGCGUGUACACCUCUGACGUUGAGCGCAUCAAGAUUCGUGCGCCGACGCCCGAGAUUAUCGGCCAGGGCAAGGUCCCCAAGACGUACACUCGCGACUCGGACCUCACCAAGUCUGGCGCCACGAUCACCCUCGGACCGUUCUACAGCGUGCCCCCGACCCUUGGCAAGGACGCCAAGGGCGAGCAGUCGCCGUUCUGGGUCCACUACGAGACCAAGGUCCCCAUUGCUGGUAUCCGCUCGCUGCGUCGCUCUGCUGAGGUUAGCCACUGGGGCGCGAACCUCAACAUCCAGGACGAGAUUGAGCUCUUCAACAACGGACCUCGACUCAAGGGCCAGUUCUCGCGCCUGAACCACCAGCAGUCCCGUUUCUGGGCCAGCAAGCCUGCCCAGGUGCUCUCUGAGCUCGUUAUGCGCCUCCCUCCCCUCGCUCGCUCGGUCUACUACUACGACGUCAUCGGCAACGUCUCGACCUCCCACUUCCGUGAGGGUGUUGCCCGCAAGGGCCGCACGACCGAGUCGCAGCUCGAGUUCCGCCCCCGCUACCCUCUUCUUGGUGGCUGGAACUACACCUUCACCGUUGGAUGGGACAGCCCGCUGUCCGAGUCGCUCAAGGCCGAGCAGGACGGCAAGUACGUCCUCUCCGUUCCCUUCCUCACCCCUCUGAAGGACGUCGUCGUGGACGAUGAGGAGCUCCGCAUCAUCCUGCCCGAGGGCGCGACCGACGUCCAGGUCUACACUCCUUUCCCCGUCGACGAGAUCGACCACGCCGUCCACAAGACGUACCUCGACACGACCGGCCGUCCUGUCGUGACGCUGAAGAAGCACCUUGUCACCGAGAACCACGCGCAGCCCGUGUACGUCACGUACAACUACUCGCGCGCCGCGCUGUUCAAGAAGCCCCUGACUGUCGCGGCGUUUUGCGGCUCGAUCCUGCUGCUCUUCAUCCUGCUGCGCCGGGUAGACUACAGCAUCGAGAAGAAGAAGCGGGAGUAA